AUGCAUUUCACCAAUAUAUCGGAAGCUAAUGCAAAGUCUAAUCUUUGUAAAAAUAUUUAUUCGCAUAAAAAUGGAAACAUUAGCAAUUUAAGGAAGCAUUUGAAAACUAAACAUCCGACUCUUUCAUUGGAAGGAGAAAGGGCAAAACGGCGGGUGGAAGACGAAAAUUUGCCUAGGUGCAAAAGGAACUUAGUUUCAGGGCAGGGGAGUAACCAGACUGUUAGGGCAGGGGGCGCUACUCAACUAAAGUAAAGAGUGAGGAGAGUGGUUGCUCCACGGUCCCCAUCUGGUUAUGCCACUUGUUAAAUACUAUUUACAGCGUACAGCCAACGAACCAGACGUCACACAACGACGAGUUUAAAAUAUAAGUACCUUCUACGUAUCAAAUAUCAAAAAAAUUAAUAGGCAAG